UUCCUCACAUUUGCGUUGUUUACAUCUCUAUCCCCGCAAGUGCCGCGUAUUCAACCUUCCGUUAUUCUUUUUUUUUUUUUUUUUCCUUUUUUUUUCUCUCUCGUUCGCUGUAAGAACUGUUGAUUAGAGCACAUUACAGGUGUAUACAAUUAUCAUUCUCAGUCGAAUACUCAGUGUACAAACCAGAAGUGAAUUUUAAAAGUCGAGGAGGUCGUGUGUAGGCAAACAUGGCAUCGUCGCAGGUGGCAGAUUUCUUCCGCGACAAGAGGGUAUUCGUGACAGGUGGCACCGGCUUCCUGGGCGUCAGCCUUGUCGAGAAGCUGCUGCGCUGUUGUCCCGACCUCGAGAACAUCUACCUGCUGAUCAGGCCCAAAAAAGGCAAGAGUGCUGAGGACAGGCUCGAGGAGAUCACCAAGAAUUCGGUAUUCGAUAAGAUCAAAGAAGAUGGCAACACUGGGCUUUUCAAAAAACUAGUUGCAGUUGGUGGAGAUAUCGGAGAGGACAAGUUGGGGUUGUCCUCCGCAGAUAGGCAGACGAUAAUAGAAAAAGUUCAUAUUGUUUAUCAUUCGGCGGCAACAUUAGAUUUUGAAGCAGACCUCAGGAGUAACGUCAAAAUCAACCUGCUUGGUACUAGGAAUGUUGUAGAGUUGAGCAAGGAAAUUAAGAAUCUCAAGGCACUCAUUCACGUCUCGAGUGCUUACGUGAACUCCAAUCUUUCCGAGGCUCAUGAGCGCAUCUAUCCUGCUCCCAUGGAUGUUAAAGAGCUUUUAAAAAAAGUUGCAGAGCUAGAUGACAAUGAACUUGAUGCAGCCACAUCAAGUAUCAUCAAAGAUCAUCCUAACUCUUAUACUUUCACUAAACAAUUUGCAGAGCAUGAAGUGGCGGAUUCAAAUCUACCAUCAGCAAUUGUUCGACCAUCAAUGAUUGUGGGUGCAUGGAAAGAGCCAAUUCCUGGAUGGACCAUCUCCAAAAAUGGACCUCAAGGAUUUUUGAUGGGAGCCAGUAAAGGUGUGGUUCGACGUUUGCCUGUUGCCAAGGAUCUUAUCUACGAUUAUAUCCCGGUUGAUAUCGUAGUGAACAGCCUCAUCGUAGCUGCAUAUGCCAUUGAUAGAGAUAGACUAGAUUCGACUAAAAUUUAUCAUCUAACUUCGAGUACGUGUACACCAUUUAGAUGGGCUGAUGUUACACACAAAAUGAACUCUUACCUUCACAAAUACCCAUUGAACAGUGCUGUGUGGUAUCCCCAUCUAAAGUUUGUGCCAUCAAUUUUCUGGUUCAAGAUAUCUGCAUUUUUUGUGCACAUGAUACCAGCUUACAUUCUAGAUACAGUUACUCGUAUUGCAGGUGGAAGACCUAUACUAGUACGGCUUCACACAAACAUAAAUAAGUCAUUAGAUAAACUAGAAAAGUUCAUUUUUACUGAGUGGAAGUUCUAUAAUCCAAAGACUCUGGAAUUAUAUUCAUCACUUUCUGAGGUGGACAAAGAAAGAUUUACUUUAGACAUCAAACAAAUCAAUUGGGAGACGUAUUUCGUUGAUCUAACCAAAGGAGUACGAGUAUAUUUAAAUAAAGAACCAUUGAGAAACCUAAACAAAGCCUUGAAAAAGGACAAAAUAUUGCUUGUCCUGCAUUUGUUGUUGCAAGUAUUAGUUUUAUCGGUCAUUUGGUGGAGCUUCAAAACAUCUCUUGGCAUGAACUGGACUCAAACAGGCAUGAUCGUUCCAUUAACAUAUUUCAUCUUGAAUCUCCUGUAAAUAAAAAAAGUGUUGUGUAUAUUUUUUUCAAGUUUAACACUGCAUUCCAAUAACAAUUAAAGGGAAUAUAAUGAAACAAUGAAUUUGUAAUGCUUGAAAAUAGUUUUUUCAGUAUUUAUUAGGUAUUGAAAGAUUCUACUUGAGUUUUAUUAAUAUAAUUAUAACGAUAGUUAUAAUAUAAGUAUAACGAUUUUGUAUAUGAUUAUA